AUGAGUUCGUCUGAGGACGACAUUCCUCUCGCGCGCGCGAAUGGCCGCGCCAAUGCUGCUCCGACUUCUGCGAAACCGAUUACGAAUGCCUCAUCGACUGGUACAAACGGCGAUGCCGAUGCAGGAAUUUCGAUCCGAUUCGGGCCCGUGCAAGACCAGGAUGUGGAUAUGGUGGAAGCUGAUGCGGACGCGGACGCGCGUGGCAUAAGCAAGCGCAAGUCCCGCGCCAGCAUUGACCAAAAGAAGUCAUAUGCCGAGCCGGAGAGCAGCGACGAUGAUGAUCAACCCUUGAGCAAACGCCGACGAACUUCCGUGAAACACGAAGACCCCGAGACUGAUGACGACGUGCCUUUGGCUCUCAACGGACGGAAGCUCCCGAAGGCCUCGGAGACGGCAAUUGGCGACGAGUCUGAUUCCGACGCCCCAAUUGAAAGGAGACUUUCUGCCCAGAAGAAAAGCAUCGAGCAGAAGGCUAAGAAGGAUGCUCCAGCCGCGCGUAAGCCUGCGGCGCCGAAGAAAGAGACCAAGCCUGCAGCGAAAAAGCAAUCCAACGGAGUGAAGAAGGAGGCAUCGAACGACAAGCCUACGCUGAAGAAGGUCAAGGCCGAGACGACUUCCCCUAUUUCCAAAAAUGACAAGGUCAACACCAAGGCGGAAAGCGAGGAUGUGGAAGACAAGGAAGGCGAGGAGGAAGAAUACCGCUGGUGGGAAGACCCCACCAAGGGCGACGGCACUAAAAAGUGGACUACCCUGGAGCAUAACGGUGUGGUAUUCCCUCCUGAAUACGAGGUGUUGCCUCAAAGUGUCAAGAUGAAGUACGAUGGAGUCCCCGUGACGCUGCAGCCCGAGGCCGAAGAGGUUGCUGGCUUCUUUGGCAGUAUGCUGAACUCGACGCACAAUGUUGAGAACCCAAUCUUCCAGAAAAACUUUUUUAUGGAUUUCAAGGAAAUCAUCAAGAAAACUGGCGGUGCGAAAGAUUCUCAGGGCAACAAAAUCGAUAUCAAGGAGUUCAGCAAGUGCGACUUCAAGCCGAUCUUUGAAUACUACGACGCUCAGCGCAAUGAAAAAAAGAACUUGCCACCUGCCGAGAAGAAACGUUUGAAGGCCGAAAAAGAUGAGCAAGAGGCUCCCUACCAGUAUUGUAUCUGGGACGGUCGUAAACAAAAGGUUGGCAAUUUCCGAGUCGAACCACCCUCGCUUUUCCGUGGACGUGGUGAGCAUCCCAAAACUGGCCACGUCAAGACUCGAGUGCAACCCGAACAGAUUACCAUCAACAUUGGCAAACAGGCUCAAGUCCCUCCACCCCCGCCUGGUCACAACUGGAAAGAGGUGAAGCAUGACCAAGAGGGCACUUGGCUCGCAAUGUGGCAGGAGAACAUCAAUGGCAACUAUAAAUAUGUUAUGUUGGCCGCAAAUUCGGAUGUCAAGGGUCAAAGCGACUAUAAGAAGUUCGAAAAGGCCCGCGAGCUCAAGAAGUACAUCGAUAAGAUCCGCAAGGAUUAUCAAAAGAACCUCAAGAACGAUUUGAUGGUAGAGCGCCAGAAGGCGACUGCUGUCUAUCUCAUCGAUCAAUUCGCUUUGCGUGCCGGAAACGAGAAAGGCGAGGAUGAGGCCGAAACCGUUGGCUGUUGCUCGCUGAAGUACGAAAACAUAUCUUUGAAGCCGCCAAAUACUGUCGUUUUUGAUUUCCUGGGAAAAGAUAGCAUUCGCUUUUAUGAUGAGGUGAAGGUUGAUCCUCAGGUUUUCAAAAACCUGAAGAUUUUCAAGAAAGCGCCUAAGAAAGAAGGCGAUGAAGUGUUUGACCGCUUGACCACAUCUGCCCUCAACAAGCAUUUGCAGAACUACAUGCCCGGUCUGACUGCGAAGGUUUUCCGUACAUACAAUGCCUCAUACACCAUGAGCAACCUGCUCAAGGAUAUCAAGGCCUCUGGUACCAUUCCUGAAAAGGUCAAGACUUACAACGACGCGAACCGCAAGGUUGCUAUUCUGUGUAACCACAAGCGUACAGUCACUGCGGGCCACGCUAGUCAAAUGGAAAAGAUGAGUGAACGGAUCAAGGGUCUCCGCUACCAGAAAUGGCGUUUGAAGCAGCAAAUGCUUGAUUUGGACCCCGCUCUCAAGAAGAAAAAGGGUGCCGCUUUCUUUGAAAUCGAUGAAGACCUAGACAUGGAAUGGGUCAAAGAACACCAGGCUUUUCUUAUUGAGGAGCAAACCCAGAAGAUCAAGAAGAAGUUUGAGAAGGAUAAUGAGAAGCGGGUUGCUGAUGGCGAGAAAGCAAUGCCGGCAUCAGAUCUGAAUGAGCGAUUGAAGGCCGUGAAGGAUAUGGAGGCAAAGUUCAAAAAAGAGAAUAAGACCGGUAAAGUCGAGGCCGAGGGUCGUGGUCCGAGUGUGGAAAGGAUCGAGGCCAGCAUCGCCAAACUCGACCAGCGGGUCGAGACCAUGUCCAUUCAAGCCCAAGACAAGGAGGAUAACAAAGAGGUUGCCCUGGGUACCUCAAAGAUCAAUUACAUCGAUCCCCGUCUCACUGUUGUUUUCAGCAAGAAGUUCAAUGUCCCGAUUGAGAAGUUUUUCUCCAAGUCAUUGCGCGAGAAGUUUGAGUGGGCCAUCAAGUCUGUCGACGAGAACUGGGAAUUCUAA